AUGGCCCAGAAUCACGAGGAUUUGGCCGCCGAGCUCCACGAGGAGUUAGGUGAGCGCGUGCCCGCCGAGAAAAAGACUGAUCUCGCUGGUGGUUAUAUCGCCCCUUCUAUUGAUGAGAAGAAGUCUCUCGACAAGCAGCACUAUGCUUCUGAUCCUGAGUUCGGCACCACUGCCGAUGGCGAGGAGCCAAAUGAUCAUGAGAAGGCGACUCUUCGACGUGUAGGAGAGAACCUCCCUGCUUCAGCUUUCCUCAUCGCUGUGGUCGAGUUGACGGAACGAUUCACCUACUAUGGUGCCCAGGGUCUUUUCCAGAACUACAUCUCCAACAGCCCAACAGGUGCAGAUGGUGCCAAGGGUCUUGGAAUGGGCCACCAGGCUGCUACUGGUCUCAACCUCUUCUUCCAAUGGUUCUGCUACGUGACUCCCAUUCUCGGUGCCAUCAUCGCCGAUCAGUACCUCGGAAAGUACAGGACCAUCUUAGUCUUCUGCGGUUUCUACUGGGUUGGUCUCAUCAUCCUCUGGACUACGUCGUUACCUGUUGCUAUGGAACAUGGCGCUGGAAAGGCUGGAUACAUCAUUGCUAUUAUCGUUAUUGGUCUCGGAACUGGUGGUAUCAAGUCCAACAUUGCGCCUCUCAUCGCCGACCAGUACCAGCGACGCAGAAUGGCUAUCCGAACUGAGAAGAACGGCGAGCGCGUUGUCAUCGACCCUGCUAUUACCUACCAGCGCAUCUACAUGGUCUUCUAUUGGUGCAUCAACGUUGGUGCCCUCUCACUGCUCGCUACCCCCUUCAUGGAGAAAUACAAGGGUUUCUGGACCGCCUACCUCAUGUGUUUCUGCAUGUUCAACGUCGGUAUCGUCACCCUGGUCCUCCGCCGAAAGACCUUUGUCAACCGUCCUCCUCAGGGCUCCGUUAUCACUGAUGCCUUCAAGGCUCUUGGUAUGAUGAUUGCUGCACGCAACACCGAUGCCGCCAAGCCCUCGUGGCGCGAGGCCAACGGAAAGACUAAGGUUGUCCCCUGGAACGACCACUUCGUCGACGAGCUCAAGCGUGCUCUCCGCGCCUGCAAGGUCUUCAUCUUCUACCCCAUCUUCUGGGUUUGCUACGGGCAGUUCUCCACCAACUUCGUCACCCAAGCUGGUCAGAUGCAAGGCCACGGUGUUCCAAACGAUCUGAUGCAAAACUUCGAUCCCAUCUCCAUUUUGGUUUUCACUCCUCUCAUCGAGAAGGUCUUGUACCCCAUCCUUCGCCGAGCUGGUAUUGAGCUUCGACCCAUUGCCCGAAUCACUAUCGGUUUCUGGCUCGCCGCUCUCUGUCUUGCCUACGCUGCCAUCGUUCAGCACAUCAUCUACUCUGCUGGACCUUGUUACGAGCACCCUGGUGAAUGUGCUGCUGGUCAGGACGGUAACACCAAGCUCCCCAACAACGUGCACAUCGCCAUCCAGACACCCGCCUACAUCUUCAUCGGUAUCUCUGAGAUCUUCAUCUCCGUCACUGGCCUCGAGUACGCCUACACCAAGGCCCCUCCCAGCAUGAAGUCCUUCGUGCAGUCCAUCUACCUCUUCACCAACGCUUUCGGAUCUGCCAUCGCUGAGGCACUUGUUUCCGAGGCCAAGGACCCCAACUUCUUGUGGCUCUACACUGGUGUCGGUAUCUCUUCAUUCGUGACUGGCUGCAUCUUUUAUGCUAUCUUCCGCCACUACGAUGCUCAAGAAGAUGCCAUGUAUGAUCUGGACAGAGAUGAGCCAACUCUUACCCACAACGGCAUGGAGCCCAAGACUGUGGAUCACGAGUAA